UAGUAAAAUGUCACAAGGCUUUCUUAAAAACGACAGACAUUUAUGCGUUAAUGGAUAAACAUUGUCAACACGUUGUGUGCUGAAAGUGUGCACAGACACUUUGGAUAAUACAAUAGUAUUAUGUUUUUGUCACACGAGUGGAAAGUUUGCGUUAAAAAGUUACCGUAAAGCUAACAUGAGAAACUGCAACGUUAAAGCGGCGGUUGCCCUUCCAAAGUGUCGAAAACAUUUAGAAAAUGGAGACGAGAUAACGUUGAAUAUAUGAUGUUAUUCCACUCGGACAAUGUUGCUGUUCUUACCUUCAGUGCCAUAGUAGAAGCAUUGAUCAAUCAUUACAGAAAAAAUAGGCCCCGGCAGUGGCUUCUCAGGACUUCCAAGCCUCAGCUGGACAUUUCCUUCCGCCGCUUUGCUUCUUCAACAGUAAACACGGUAGUUCCUCGACGCAGCAAACAAGAAAACACUUUAAAAAAACCCGAAAGAAAACGCCAAAGUCCGCUUGGAGGAAGUCGCAGGACUAGCUCAGUGCUGCUUCUAAAAAAAAACGCCUACCCGCCGCCCGAGAGAUGUCUGCCGUUAGCGGGGAGGGAGUGACCUGCCCCCGCGGAGGGAAACCGGAAAGGUGGACUCGGAGCGAUAUGACCCAGCACAGAAGUGAUAUGAUGAUGAUGAUGACAUGAAACGGGGAGGGAGCUGGCAUGUCCCGUGUCACAUGACCUCCAUCUAUAGCGCUGCAGGUGUGUCAAAGGAUGGGGAGGAGCAGAGGGGUCAGAUCCUAACCUGCCCUUCAUGGAAUACCUGGACGACAACGACAUGGUCUGCCUGAAGUGGGGAUUCUCUGACGUGCAGAGACAAAUCACACUCAAAUUCAUAGUCAAAACCACCGGCUGGAUCGGCUUUGGCCUGAGUCCCACCGGAGACAUGAAAGGCGCAGAUCUCGUCAUGGGAGGAGUGGAUUCCAACAGAACCUACUUCAAAGAUUAUUAUUCGGCGACAAACACCAUGCCUGACGUAGACCAGGUGCAGAGCUACACACUUCUGUCUCUCACCGAGAGCCAGGGGGAAACCGUCAUGACUUUUACCAGGGCCUUCCAAACGUGUGACGACCAAGACCUCCAGAUCACGGACAAACCCAUGAACCUGAUAUAUGCUUAUGGAACCACCGAUGAGAUUACCUUCCAUGGAGCACAGGCCGGCACCAAAGAAAUCAACCUACUGAAUCACGCGCCCAAAAUCACUGUGGCAAAUGGAAAAUAUAUGAGUGUCACGGUGCAAAAUCUUGCCCUUCCUACAAAGGACACGUAUUACCACUGCAAAGUCAUGCAGCUUCCACCUUUGGACACAAAGCAUCAUAUAUAUCAGGUUCAGCCCGUGAUUGAGCACGCUGACCUGGUUCAUCACUUGCUGUUCUACUCCUGCCCGGCCAGUGUGAAUACUCCCUAUGACGGCGACUGCAACUGGCAAAACACCGGACACGCCUGUACCGCGGUAAUGGCCGGAUGGGCUGUAGGAGGAGGGGUCUUUGAGCUCCCAGAAAAUACUGGCAUCCCUGUUGGAGGUGCAGAUAAUAGUGCAUUCUUUAUGCUGCAAAUCCAUUACAACAACCCUUACAAUGAAUCAGGCAGGACUGACAGCUCAGGUCUGAGACUGGUCUACACAGACCAACUGCGGGAGUAUGACGUCGGCAUCUUGACCACAGGCGUGUUGCCAUAUAACUCCGCCGAGUACAACAUCCCUCCUCAAGCUGCUCAAUUCCGCACCUACGGCGUGUGUAACACCAGCCUCUUUUCUGAGAUCAUAGAUCCUGUGCCGGACCUGAAGGUUUUUGCAGUGAUGUUGCAUACUCACCUGGCUGGGAGGGCAGUCAGAGUUGGACAUUUCAGAAAUGGAAGGCAAAUAGGCUUCCUGGGCAUGGAACCCAACUAUGACUUCAACUUGCAGCAUAUCACCUUUUUGGGAAGCAUCAAGACCAUCAAGAAGGGAGAUGAAAUAGUGGUGGAGUGCAGCUACAACACUGCUGAUAGGACGGGAGUCACACAGAUGGGAGAAUCCACCAUGGAUGAAAUGUGCCUGGCCUUCCUCUUCUUCUACCCGCGCAUCAGCAUCACCACAUGUCUCAGCCAGCCCAACAGCUCUCAUCUCCAAUUCCCAGACGGACUCCAAAACCAAAAGGAGAUCAUGGAAUAUGAGAGCGCGGUAAAGAACCUUUCGCACAUCCAGUUCGCCUUCAGUAACUCUGAUUUUAUGUAUUACCCGUUUGGCCAAGUGAGGGAUGUGAAGGAAGCGCCAACUGUCCCCUGUGAGACCACCAACGCCGCCAAUCAUAAGUAUAGUCAAGCAUCACUUUUUCUCCUACUGGCAUGGAUUAUUCUCAUGUGAACUGCAUUGCACUAAAUUAAUCUAAACAUCUCUAUUUUACUUUCAUUCUUCGUGCACGUUUCAUUAGCUAGGCCAAAUUAUAAAUCGUGUAGUCGUAUGUUUAUCUUUACUGCUGAAUAAUUGCAGUACAUUUUCCUUUAGUUGUGUCAUUUGCUUGCAUUUUACCAGACUGUAAAUCAUGCUGAUU